GACGCCACGGUUGACUUAUUAUUCGCCCGCGCCUUUGAAUGUGAAUUCGAAUUGUAUUUUCGGGUGUAGUAUUAAUUGUAAAAUUUUAUAUUUUUUAAAAUGAGUUGUGCCGUGUUCGGAUGCAAUAAUAACAAUGUUAAAAAUAGUUCGACGAAAUGGAGACUUUUCCAUUUCCCUUAGCUAAAAACAAUACUAAAAUUGUGGAUUCCUUUUUGUGCACUUUGAGCAAGAAGCCUUCGAAAGAAAUUUGCAGUUUGAAAUGUUCGCGGAGUCUAACGAAGUUGCUACCUAGCGCUUUUCUCACGUUAACCAGAUUAACUCCUGCAGAGGCUAAUGAAGGGCAGAAAAGGAUGAAGUCUCGUUUAAACCAAGACGUUUUAGAAAAUAUGUUUGACGUAAUCAGGUUAGAGGUCUUCACGAUCACCCUGACAGAAAGGAGUUCCAUCAAGACAGAUGGAGGAAAUGUUGAAGUCGACAAUACCCCAGAUAUGGAAGGGAAUUACUUAUCUCUAACUGUAUGUUUAUUAUAUUUUGCAGGUAAUAUUUUCCAACGUGUGUCAGUUGAUCUAAAAUCCGCUGUCCCAAUUGAAAAAAUUAUGACUUGAAGAUUCUCAACAACGACGGGCUUGAAAAUUUGGCAGGGUACAUCUGCCACAAACUUGGCAAAGACAAAUUGUUCGCCUUAUACUUGAGUGGAUCACCUAUCUAAAGGAGGACUCUCAAAACCAACAGAUAUGUUGAUGGAGCAUAUGAGAGCUUUGCAAGCAGUAUUUGACGACUUAAAAGGUACUGAUUUACAUAUACAUAUGUACAAACUACGUCCAGAUGCACUUAGAUUUAAGUAAUUUUGUUAAUUGUAGCAUCAAAGUAAGAGAAUUGUUUUUCAKAGCUAGAAUGUAUUUUAGGAUUCGUUCUUUAAAUAAAAACUUAAUUGAAAAUAUGUACAGCAAAAAAAGAAAA